AUGGCGUCUAGGCAGACCGCCGGCAAGGAAGAGAGGGCCGAGGCCGCAGCCGAUAAGCUCCACCGUGCCAACCGUAAAAGGAGGGAGGGGGAAGCCGUCCAGGAAGCCAAGGACGCCGUCGUGGGCAAAUCUCGCAACGCCGCCUUCGACACGGCGGCGGAGACGAAGGACGCCGCCUCCGAGCACAAGGACCGCGAGGCGGAGAAGACCAGGGGAGGGCUGGGGUACGCCGCCGACAAGGCGAGGCAGGCGAAGGACGCCGCGGCGGAGAAGGCUGCGGGGAUGAAGGACGCGGCGGUGGGGAAAGUGGCGGAGGUGAAGGACACGGCGGCGGAGGCCGCCAGGCGGGCGGUGGAUUACUUGACGGGGAAGACUGCGACUGCGAGUACGGGGGCAGCUAAGGUUAAUAAUAGCCGUUUGUGA